GUGGUGGGGCGCAAGUGACAUUCAAAAUGUCAGUGCGUGAAAAAUUCUAGUGCUGCUCGUGAGUUUGGAAAGUGCAGAAAAAAUGGAAAAUUAGUGAGAGUGGAGGAAAAAUUAUGUGAUAAUGGUGUCUAUAAUUAAGAAUCAACUUCUCAAGCACCUAUCUCGAUACACCAAGAAUUUGUCAUCGGAUAAGAUAAAUUUGAGCACAUUUCGUGGCGAGGGCGAGCUCUCGAAUUUGCAGCUUGACGAGAAUGUUCUCACUGAAUUGCUGGAAUUGCCGUCGUGGCUGCGCCUCACAUCGGCCUGGUGCAAUCAUGUGGCUUUCCGAAUACACUGGACUAAGUUGAAGAGCGUCCCAAUAACUCUGAGUCUCGAUGAGGUGAACAUUUCCGUGGAGACGUGUGAAUUUGGGCGAACCGGUGGCGGUCCUGCGACACCUGGAUUGCAAGCUUUAACGGCGCCACAAGGAAAAUAUAGCUUUAUCCAUAAAGUCAUCGAUGGCAUCACAAUCAUCGUGAAUACCGUGAAUGUGAACUUCAAGAGUCCCGCAUUUACGGCAUCGGUGCAAAUGUCGCGAAUUCGCGUGGAGUCGAAGACGCCCAAGUGGUUGUUGGGUGAUUUGCGGGUGACUCGCCUCAAGGAUCCCACGCGCGGACUCUUGCUGAUCUUCAAGGAGUUAUCAUGGCAAACGGUGCGAAUUGAGGCGAGUUCGACGCAGGACGAGAGCUUGACGCCACUGAGAUUGCUGACAAAUCAGGCGAGUUGUCGGAUCACGAUAAAGAAGCGCCUCAGUGACUGCAAUGUCCUGAAUUGUCGUCUCGUCCUGAUUCUCGAUGAUCUGCUGUGGGUCCUCACGGAUUCGCAGCUGAAGGCGGCUCUGCACUUUGUCGACUCGCUGUCGGGCCUCAUCAAGACUUCGACGAAUGCCAAUCAGAAGACGAAGGCGCAGAAGAAGCUGGAAAUGCUGCCGGAAUAUCAGGCACAGAUUGCCCAGCAAUCCAGAUCCACUGACGCGACUGGAGCUCAAACGACUGCCCAGAAGUCUUUCAAUCUCUUCGACGUGCGCGAGACUUCGUAUCACUUCUUCAGCCAGAGAAUCGAUCUACAUCUGUGCGAUGAUCCUGGCGAUGGCCGAUCCUGCCAUCCGGACCUCAGCGAUGGUGGAGCUCUGCAGAUCUCCGUGCAGGGCUUCCAAGUGGACUACUAUCCGUAUCAUCUGGCGAAAGCGAGUCGCGUUCAUUGGCCAAAGUACAAAGAGGCUUCCACGCCAACAGCUCUAUGGCUUGAGCAGUCGCUAAACAAGUUCCGCGAGUCUCUAUUGGAUCUGUAUCAGCCAAACCGACCGUCGAGUCAUGCGCCGCUGGAGAGGACGUCAAACAGCCCACCGAGUCGCGAUAGUGUGACAAUGCAGGAGUCGCCAGUGAAGAAGCAGGUUCUGGACAAUCUAUCCAAAUUGAUGAGUGCGUGCGUUAUCCUGCGAAUUGAGGACUUCACGCUGUAUCGUGUGACGACGUCCGGGAAGAAGCAAAUGCCAAAGGAAUUCAUAUCAGCACAACAAAAGAGGAAAUUGAGAACAGGUGAUAAAGAUCGCUAUUCAUUCCCAACGGAAUUGUCAGCAGUUCACGCUGAGUUUACUUACUUCUACUAUCCAGGGGAUUUUGUGUUUCCAUUGCCUCCGUCCAAGAUAUUUGUUCACGUGAAUCCAGUACAAAUCCACUUUGAUGUGGACAGUUUGCUGUGGUUGAGUUCUUUUGGGCUGAACCUUCACAACAGCCUCAUGAGGACGUCCGUUGUGGACUCUAUCAAUGCCUCAUCACCGUCUGGCGUGAAUGAGCCAAGUCUCAUGUAUAUGGAUGUGAAGAUGGAGGCGAUCUUGCCGCGAAUUGUCUUCGAGUCUAGUGUUGAUGCUCCAUCGCAGCGAGAUCGUCCGAAGAUCAUGCAAGUUCAGAUCUCUAGAGCUUCAGUGACGAACAUCCGUGAAAUGGGCACAUCGCGGGCGGACUUGGCGCAAGCGUUGCACUCUCUGCAAGAGGGAAGUCUGGUCUUCUCAUCGGGAUUUCCGUCUAAGGAGGGAGAUUUGUGCAUAGUCACCGAUCGGAUACUGUCUCACGUGGCGGCGAGCGAUGUGACGCCAACUGGAGCUUCUCAGCCAGGAUCUCCGCAGUCGAACACAUCCGGAUCAAUUCUAUCUCGUCACGCUCUGUGGACAGAACCUCGAGAUGUGUGGUGUGUGAAAUUGGAUCCCAUUUGGAUAGAGUUCUAUGGCGCUCGAUCUGUGGGCGUGAAUAAGGCCAUUCCCUUCCUGGACGCCGUCCCAGUGACACUGUGGCUUCACGGGAAAUCACAGGCGGACACCAAAAUCCUCCCCUUCGACGCGGACACAACAGUGAGGAAUCACAGGAAGGUGCAGAAGGAGCCUGCCAUUCAAUCUCUAAGUGAUCUCCGGCAAUCCUCAACGGAUUGCGGAUCGUACUUAAUGCCAAACGUCCAGGAGGACUUCUACUCCUCACAGCAACACUCCAUCAAUCCCUUCCACCAGCAGCAGUCCUUCGACAGCACCUACAGCUCAACGCUGCGCUCGCAGAAUGCCGACUGUUCUGGCGAUGAGAAGUCGGCUGAUCUCCAUGUGAUUGCGCAUGUGUCGAAUUUGGUGAGCCUGCAAAUUGAUCACUAUCAAUUCCUGUUCAUUCUGCGACUCGCUGAAGAGAUCACAGAGCUCUCCACAUUCCUGUCGCUGGACACGAAGCGCAUAAUGGCGGAGAAGGCGACGACAAACUCCAUCAUUGUGGGAUGUGUGGUGCCUCAAGUGGAGGUGACGCUCGUGAUGCCGUCUCAGACGCCCGGGAAGGAGUCCACGGGCGGCGAUGGGGAGAGUGUUGUGCCGGAUUCAGCCAGUUUGGGCACAAACACCGCUUGGCCAUCGCUUGACCACACAAAGAGCAUGAAUCCUUUCAGUAGUGUCGAAUCUCCGUCGCCCACGGAACUUAUUGAGCCACAGGAUGGAUUUCAUCAUUCCAAUCCCAACACACAUGGCAGAUACAACGUGCAGAUUCAGAGUCAGCCGACGUCUAGUCAACCCAUUCCACCAUCGCCCAGUGCCAAGACUGAGUUGCUGAGCUCAAUGAAGGGCGGCAGGAAUCGCAAUUCGGUGAGCGACACGAGUUUCACCAAAGAGAUCAACACGGGAAUCUUGUCGAUUAAGAAGGGCUUCUCCAACAUGAUGACAUCAAUUGAUUCGGCACUCAAGGUGGGCACAGAUGAUGCCAGCGACACAUUCUCCAUUCACAGCGACUUGAGUUCAGACUCUGAGAACUACAUUAUGGUCGAGGGAACGGCAGAUUGCAUGGAUGUGAUGUUUAGACUAAAUCCUUUCGCCACGGAUAACAAUCUCAAGGCGUCGCCCGUUGAGAUGGCCAGUGAAGUGUGUGAAGAGCAAUCUGGGGCCUACAAGACGAACAUCUCGUCACCGUCAGAACCUUCAGAAGCGAGUAUUUGGCGAAGAAGAGAUCUCGUGUCAAUGGCCACAUUUCGGCUGACGACAGUGGAAAUCAUCCGACAGAAUCAGGGCUCCAACUCGUCGUUGCGUCUUCAAGUGGCGGCAGUUUCGUGCGAUGAAUGCGGAGCAAUUCCGUGGGAUGAAUUGCAGACUGGUCACCAAACGACAAAGACAAAGUUCGGCGCACGAUGUCGAGCAUGGAAUAUGGCUCCGUAUAAUCCAGAAUCGCCGCCGAGCAUUCAAGUGAGACUUGAGGAGGAAUUGAACACGCCUGAGGACAUUCAGAGUGGCAUCAAGGAUAAGAAGAACGUGUUGAGCUGGUUUACACACAAAGUGGACGUUCUGGUGAAGGAUCUCACGAUGCAGCUGUCCAUGAGCACAGUGAUUGGCUUGAAUGAUCUCUGUGAGGAUGAAGUAAUUCCUCGACCGCUUCCAAUGGAUAUUAUCGUAGAGAAUGUUCGACUGAACUUGAUAGAAGAUCGUCCACCGGUUAAUAUCACAUCACCUGGUCCGAUUCCCAUAAAUUUGGCCAUUGGCAAGAUGAAGAUUGAGCGGGAUAAGUCGGGAAUCUUCUACAUUCAGCCAGAAUCGAGUUACACACAUCGUGGCGAGGCGGAAAUGCCGCAAACGACUCGCAAGGAGAGAGAUAGGGAAGUGAUAUCGCUGCAGUUGAUUCUCCAGCAGCUCAAGAUGGACAAUGAGAGUCUGAAGAAGCAGCUGAAUUCGGCAGAAAAGACGUCAGAAUCGAACCAAAUGAGGGCAAGACAGGAGAAUGAAGUGCUGAAGACAUACUUGAAAGCUGCUCAGGAUGAUAUAACGACACUCUUGGAUGAAAAACGAACACUCCUUGACACAGUUAGAUCUCUACAGCAACAACUGACGCAAGCUGAAACAAAUAAGAAUGUAGGGAAUAGAUAGCACAACUGUAUGGACUGUAUACAAUGCUGUGGUGAGAAUAACAAUUCGUAAAUUUGGAAAAUUCAAAUGCCCAGAGAGAAACACAGGUAAAAAAAAAAAUUGUGAGGAAAACUAUUCAGUAUGACUCCCUCGACAUUAGUUGUUGCAGUUAAAACACACUAUAUAAUUAAUUUAGCAUCUUGACAUGAAAAUGGGAUGAUCAAAAUGAGUUUUACAACAUUAAUUUUCUCCACACAACUCACGUGCGUUUUCCACAGCAAUUAAAGCCUGUGUGUGUGUUUGUGAUUGUUAGCAUUUCUGCGGACUUUUCUCCAUCUGCAGUGGCAAAAAAAGGGGUAGAAAACGUGCAAGAAAAUGUGCAUUUGACGCAUUAUGAAGGCGCCUAAUGAGUGCAAUAUAUGUGGAAAGUUUCCCAGUUUUUUUUUAUUUUCCUGGCUUAAAUAUCUUCCGUAAAGUUUCAUGCUGUUGGGCAAUUUUGUGUUUGUGCCAUUCAAUUUCGCGGCAAAAUGCAAAUUUUAUGCUACAAAUAUAUGGCAAACACAAUGAGAACGAAUUAUGUUGUAAGGAUAAUUCGGGACGAAAUAGUGCAAAGAGGUAAAAAACAAUGCGAAACGAAGGUUAAAUGGGAGCAACAAGAAAACAUAAUGAGGGUGUAUUUAAUGUGAAGAAAAAAAAACCAAGCAGAGUAAAGUAUAUAUUGUUAUAAUUCCGUGAUCAAUUAAUUGACAUUCAAAAUAUCUCAAUUAUUAUUGACUUUUUGAUGUUCCACUUAUUGAAGAUAGAGAGAGAGGGAGAGAG